AAUUCCAACGACCCGUCAACACACAAAUCGUCAAGAUGCCUUCCGAAGUUUCCGACAUCAAGCAGUUCAUCGAGAUCUGCAGGCGCAAGGAUGCCAGCUCCGCCCGCAUAAAGAAGAACAAGAAGGUCAACAACAUCAAGUUCAAGGUCCGAUGCUCCACCAACGUCUACACCCUCGUCCUUAAGGACACCGACAAGGCCGAGAAGCUCAAGCAGAGUCUGCCCCCGGGUCUUACCAUCACCGACGUCGGCAAGAAGAACCCCAAGGGCAAGCGCACCGCAUAAACGGAUCGAACGCAUAAGGAACUGAGGACGGAAGUGUGCAAGGACAUCAACGCAUGAUGCGCACGAAGCACGAAGGCAUGGCGGGCGGCGUCUCAACGGAUAAAUUUU